AUGACGUUUCCCUUGACCCGCAGACGGUCCGUUGCGGUCGCCGCUCCUCGCGCCGGCGACGAUCACGAAACCCGCGAAAAUGGGGAUAAUCAUCUGGUGCGAAGGGCUUCCUUUCCAUAUGCACCUCCUCAUCCUGAGAAUGCGCCCCCGCCUCCUAGCAAGGGGGUGUUCUCGAGUCUUUUUCGAAGAGGCAGCGAUACUUCGAGAAACAACGAGCGCCCAACAGGCGCGAAGACAACUGCUCCUGGGAGAUCGUCGCAAAAAAUCAAGCACGAACACUUGAACAAGGAAGCAGAUCCCCUUGUUCACGGCCACGAUGGUCGCUUACGUCGCGCCUCUGAAGAAAAAGAGCCACCUGGCGCUACAUCGGAAAAUCGUCGGCCAUGCACUGUACAGGAUGCGCUUGAGCUGAGGAUCGAUGCUGGUCUCCAGGCCAAUGAACGCGCGCUGGAGGACCAAGGUAACCCGAUCUCACCGGAUGAACACACCCUUACCAGGGAUGAUGUGAAGGCGCUGUUCUCUGGCGCGCCUCAUUUCCUUCUCGAGAGAGGCAAGCAGAAUGUUUUCUAUCCCCAGGUUAUUUUCCCAUGGGACGAACAUGAUACUUCCAUCCAGAACCUGUGGGAUCGAAAACCGCUUGCUCAUCGCUCGUUCGCUCUUUCUACUGUCCAUCCACAUCUGCCUGUGCCGGAGGAGUGGAUGGUAAACCAUCAUUCUUCCAACCCAGACCAUGAUCUGGACGCCCACAGUUCAAAACGGGCCGUUUUCGAUAUUGGUAUAUUUGAGGUCCCGAGCAUGCUGUCCAUGAAUGGAUGGGAGCCAGGGUCUGUCGGUUACCGUUACUACCUGGAAUUUCCGACGGCGGAUUCGGUGAAAUAUGGUGGACCUCCUCGCCUCAAAAUGGGCCCUGAAUUGCAGGAGUUCUCUUCACUACCCGCCACGUCGGUCUUUGAAAUGAUGGAACAUCAUGAUGAGCCGUAUUCCGAGUGUGGAAAUCACAGAAUCCAUGAGCGGCAUAGCCUUCUGUACGAGGGUCCUCUGGCGUGGAAACGGAUAGGAGUGCGAGACACAGACUUCAAGGUCAUGAUUGACCGCUUGGAACGGCUGAGGAAUAUUCGCCACGAGUGUCUGCAUCACGGGCCGGGCGUGAAGACGAUACUCGAUUUCGAGUCUUCGCGCGACCUAUACAACAUGCUUUUUACAAAACUCCUCCACCCGCCACCACAAAAGCUCGUGAAUACGUACUACGAAAACCCUCAUAGUCUCAAGGCACAAAUCAAAGUGUUGACCCAUGUGCUAGCCGUACAGGGUGCAUGGUGGGACUUUAGUCUCGUUGAAUGGCGUUUUCGCGUUGGUCAAAUUCUCUGGGAGGCACCACCGCAUCCCGACGGCGAUUUUUUCGAUCUGGACUCCUGUCCGGACCCUGCGAAAAGACCUUGGAUUAAGCCCCGCUUGGAGAGAAAGUGGCUUCUUCUCCAAAUGCUUCUUGCUGCAGAACUGCUGCUGCGUCUGGAUGCAGCGGCGCACGUUCGUGGCCCAGACCAUUUCAUCCUCAUAGAAAGUGAACUGCGUGUUUUCAAUAAGUUACGCAGCGGCAAAGUAAACUGGGACCUUGUCGUUGUGCGACGCUUUUUGGACAGCUUCAAUAUCGGCUGUGCGCCGGCGGAGGUGAAUCCGGAGCCACCAGCCGAGAAAUCCGAGAAUGCCCUGGAGCGGCAUUUAUCUCUGGGGAAGGGACAUCGUUUCUUUGGAUUGGGCCGCAGGAUGUCGACUUCGGGCGUUACCAGCACCUGGUUUGCGUGGGAAUGUAAGCUGGCCUCAUCUCAUACGGGUAGGCAGCUGGAAGGGCUGUUGACCUUUGCAGAGAAUAUCGGCUGGCCACGGUUUGAAGCAUUCAAAACACGGAUGCAAUCCGUAGUGAUGAAUGGAGUUUCAGCACCGGUGGUGGAUGAUAUCUUUGCCAGGUCUGUGCUCAAUAUACUUCCAGGAUCCAACAUCCCCAAACCUGUAAGAGACGAGAUGUACCGGAAGAGCUCUUCUCGCUGGCCGGUUUACCUUCACUGUGCCCGGAGUAAGGGUGACACGACUAUUGGUGGUUGGUUGUCUCGAAGCUGGCUGUCUGGCUUCGUUCUCCCGGGUGAAUCGUCGAAUCACCUGCUCAUGGCUGCACUGCUGGAGAACGACCCGCCAGCAGUGGAGCGCCUUGGACCAGCUGCGAACCUCUAUGGAGGGUUCCUACUUGAUGGUAAGACCUGGUGGAGCAAAGCAUGUCUAGUGGGCCGUGUCUUGGCCAGUCUGGACGGAGUGAAAGAAUGUAUGGGAUGGAUGAGCUGCAAUGUUGUCCCUCGCCAUGCGACGACGUCCAAUCCGUUUGACGAUACCUGGUUUGAGGUAAUCACUGUUCCGACACCACGCCGGUCAGAAAAGCCGAGGAUUGAGCAGGGAAGCAAGAUCAUCCGGGAGUCUACACCGCUUGGAGUCGGAGCAUUGUCGGGUGAGACGUUCGUCUUGCCAAUGGAUGAGCCCUUGACCCCCGUGUCAGAAGAUAAGGUGGAUUUCGAGGAUCUGAUACUGUACACGGAAGCUGUUGAUGAAUCGCUCCCCCUUCACCACAUCCGCAUUGCCAAGGAGGCCAUUUUAUCAUUCAACAUCCGUUCAGCAUUAGCGGCAAUGCCGGCUAAAAUUCUACUUCCCUUGACAUACAACGUGCAUUUUAUUUCGGCGCACGAGUGUCGUGCCCCACUCGGACGGGUUUCAGGGCAUCAAGGCUCAGAAUCGGAUUUCGUCGGUUUCAAAAUGGCCCAAUCUUCCGUGCUCGCGCUUCCCUCGGGACACACCCGCCUCCCAGGUCACCCACUCCACACAUCCUACUCGUAUAAAUACAUUCCGUUGAGCUCUCUACCUGAACUGCCGACGGAAAAGGUGCUUUUCCCCCAGAAGGAUGGCGACGAGAAGCGUGACGAGAUCACUGUUGUUGAUGCCCGUGGGUGCAAGAACAAAGAAACCUUUGCACGGGCCUGGUGUGCAUCUGUAGGAACCGACGCCAUUAUAGGCCGAGUCGGAAGAACAUGUCUGUCCUGCUGUAUUCGAGAAGCAUGUGCUGUGGGUGUUGGACUUGUUAUCCGCGUUGGAGAGUGA